AUGCCUCACGCUACCAAGAAGCCAGCCCGUCCGCGUCUCGCCACGACCGCGCCUUCUUAUCCAGCGCGAGGACAGCAGCAGCAGCAGCAGCAGCAGCAGUCAACCCAGCCAAUGUCUUCAUCCACACCAUCCUCUGCAGCCACUUCUGCUUCAACUUCAGCCUCCUCUUCUUCCGGCUACUGGACAGCGGUAGAUGCAGCCAAGGCAUCAAGAGACGGUGCCUUCCUCACUGCCUGGCCGCGCGACGAGUCGUACUACGCGCCCCCGGUGCACCCACCUGCCCAGGGAUACCACCAGCAACAGUCCGGGCAGCAGCAGGCAGCGUUGCAGUAUUACUACGCUACCACAUCUGCUACGGCGGCAGGGCAAGGAGGAAGUGGAUGA